AUGAAAAUUCAAGUAACAGAGAGCAUCAUUAAAGAAUCUCUCCAAAUUGAGGACAGACCUGAGUACCCCAUGGAGAUUGACGUUCAUCAAACUGAGGAAGUCUUAGAGAAUAUGGGAUACGAGGGAUCUUUUCCUCCUACAAUUAAGAAGCUGCUUCCUCCAUGCUGGAAGUAUUUGGCUCAUGUGUUCAUGAUACUGAACCUUGAAGGGAGCAAAAGGGACAAAUUCUGGAUGUAUCCAAGAUUUUUACAAAUCAUCCUUAACGUGACUCACCCUGAGCUGCAGAGAGGAAAUGAUACUUUGGAUUUCAAAUCCAUUGAUCCAAGUGCGUUUGGACUAAUGAAACAAAAGAGAGGCGGGAAGUUCGUAUUUGAAGGAAAAUUUCGAUUAAUAAAAUUUGGAAUUUUUAAGGAGAAUGAUAGAGAAGAAUCAAAAGAACAAUCCAUGCCGAUGGAAAAUGAAGAUAUUUCUCACUCUCUCUCCGAGCCAGAAAUGGAAGAGAUUCAUGACUCUCCCACAGCUUGUGUAGCUGAUGAGCAUGAUCUUCAGAAAGCAAAUGAAUCAAAAUCUUCUCGAGAGGAUGAUGACGAUGAUCUUUAUGAUGAUGUGGAGUUUUUAAAAGAAAUUGACUUUACAGAAAUCAAUGACGACAUUCCAACAAACAUAGAGUUUGAUCUUGGUGAUGAAGAUUUUGAUCCUUUUCUUGAUAUUCCCAGCAGCCGUGUAAAUAAAGUCAAUGAAGUUGCUUCUUUAGAAACCAAGACUAGAGAUGAUGGAAAUUUUCUUAAGAUUCUACUCUCUACUUCAAAUCCCUUGGAGGUCGCAACAAGCCAAGGAGAUGUGACAUCAGAGAUUCCUCCCUCUGUGACACUUGUCUGA